ACACAACAAGUGCUGGGAGGCGGCACCGUUUGGACAGUUAGUAAUUAGUUGUCUCCGUCCUCAGAGAUCCUGGGACAAACGUACUCCCUGGGGACAAGGAAGGAGGUGGAAGACAUUUCAGUUUUUACUUAAAAUUAAGCCGCAACCUGAAUUUAUUUGCUUUUGAAACGAGACCAAGACAUUUGGAAGAAGACGCUCAUUAACGUGAGCGUCUAAUGAUGUGAUUUUUAAAAUCUGUGCAUCCUGGAAGAUUUUUUAUUUAUUUUUUUUAACCUCAAAGCGAAGACGUCCAAAACACUCUCCGGGUUCCACGGUGUCUUCACACAAAUUCAUGGAGAAGACACUGACCAUAGGUCUGACUCUUUUUCUCACACUCUGCGUGGACGUCCCAGCAGCUGGAGGACGGAAGGAUGGAGCGGACGUGGACAACAGUCAGAAACGUUCAUCGCGAUCCUCGGGUACACAUGGAGGCCGCUGCUCCUACACCUUCAUCGUCCCACAGCAGAAGCUGACUGGAGCUCUGUGUCUCAACACGCAGUCCGCUGCCGCAAACGCCUUCAACCAGUCUGAGGUGGCAGUGCUGCGGGCGGAGCUCAGGAGACAGCAGGAGCAGCUGGAGAAACUGCGGGGUCAACUGGACCAGGAGGGGGCCCUCGUCAUGGAGGUACGAGCCCUGCGCAAGGAGAGCAACACCAUGAAUUCUCGCAUCACCCAGCUCUACGCGCAGCUGCUGAACGAAGUCAUCAACAAGAAGGACCAGGCCCUUGAGCAGCGGAGGGUGGAGAACCUCCUGUUGAACGCCUCUACACAGGCACUGCAGGUGUCCAGUUAUUACAGGGAGCUGGAGAAGAAAUAUGGAGCCCUCACGUCCAUGAUGAGCUCCCAGAACCAGUUCAUUGCUCGCCUGGAGAAGCAGUGCCAGUGCAGGGACUCCAGCCACCAGUCCUCCGUGGUGGUGACUGAACCGCCAAAAAUCCAGCCCAACGUACAUCGUAAUUACAGCUCUGAAGCCAACGAAAUGACCAAUGAUGUUCAAAGGGACCAAAGUGCUCCUCCACAGCAGCAGGAAACUACAGGCAGAGUUCAUUCCCUGCCCAGAACUACAGCCAACACUCCGACUGACCCCCCUUUCAUUAGUUUCCCUGUCACAAAGACUCCAGGACCGUGGCGGGACUGUCAGGGUGUGCUGGAGUCAGGUGAGACCACCAGUGGGAUUUACCUGCUCCGCCCACAGAGCGCUAACCGCCUAAUGCAGGCCUGGUGUGAUCAGAGUCAGGCUCAGGGAGGCUGGACCGUCGUCCAGAGGAGACAGGACGGGUCGGUCAACUUUUUCAGGACGUGGGAGCAGUACAAGCAAGGUUUUGGAAACCUGGACGGAGAGUACUGGCUCGGCCUGGAGCAUCUCUACUGGCUGACCAAACAGGCUAACUACAAGCUGCGGGUGGCUCUGGAGGACUGGCAGGGCCGCCACGUGUUUGCCGAGUAUGACAGCUUCCGCCUGGAGCCGGAGACUGACUGGUACCGGCUGCGGCUGGGACAGUACCACGGCAACGCGGGGGACUCGCUCUCGUGGCACAACAACAAGGCCUUCACCACUCUGGACCGAGACAAGGACAGCUACACAGGCAACUGUGCGCACUACCAGAAGGGAGGCUGGUGGUACCACAUGUGUGCUCACUCCAACCUGAACGGCGUGUGGUACCGAGGCGGACACUACCGCAGCCGCUACCAGGACGGGGUCUACUGGGCCGAGUUCCACGGGGGGUCGUACUCGCUGAAGCAAGUUUCCAUGAUGAUAAAACCUGUAUAACAUAGAGCUGUGAUGUCUGUUUAAUAAAAAUGUGUCUUUACAUGGUGACUGAAAGCCACUCAGUGUCACGUGUAUCGACUAACAUUUGUUAGUGGGGGGAAGUUACCGUCUUUGUUUUGCAAUUUCCUGACGACAUUUUCCAAUUU